AUGGUCUCCUUGCGCGAUGCAUCCGGUUCAACAACACCAACGUCCAAGACGUCGGCGGCGGCGACGACCACGACUAAGCCUAAUUCCAACAGCGAGCUCGGCGGUCGGGAUAACAAAAUGACAUCAGCGACGCCGAUUGCAACAGCGCCGAUCCCCAUCGCCAACGCAAAUUCGACAUCGACCGCUACCACGACCACCGGCUUUUCAACGUUCUCGCCAGUGUCAGCGUCCUCGGCUUCGUCUGUCCCCCCACAGAAUGGAACCAUGUCGGGCAGCAGGAAAUCAAGAGAACGGCGGCGUGGUUUGGUCCAGAUGGAGGACCUUCCAGGAACACGGGUUGGACCCGACGACGGCCCCUGGCCCAAGUCGUACGAGAUACUAGAGGAUGAGGACGAUGUCUGGAAGGAGUUGAGGGCGUUGGCGAGACCGCAUCGGGCUGUCUUCAUCAACGAGCGUGGGUUGGCCGACGAAGACGAUCGCCAACUAGAAACACAAGAAAACGGCCACCACGAGGACUCGGCCAUCAUCGACGACAAGAAACCUGAACCCAGAGCACGGGUUGCGUUAGUCGACAGCAUCAACUUCCAGCCUUGCCGCAACCUCAGAACUCAAGAUCGCUAUGUUGUGACUCAGCUCGACGUCCAUGGCGAGUUGUGGACCUUCACAGGCGUUUUCGACGGGCAUAUGGGCGAUGUCACCGUUGAGCACGUCGCUCACCACCUCCCUAUCAUCGUCCGUAACUUCCUCAAGAAAGACCUUCCCGGUCCAGUCGCAAAAACAGGCUACGAUCCUCAGCACAUCUCCAACCUCUUCAGAUCUGCUAUCCUCGCCUUCGACGAUGCAAUCGCUCACGACGUCCUCGAUCUUUUCGGCGGCUCAGUUGACCAGCUGGACCAAUAUUCCGACGCCGACAUCAGGAGGAUCAUCAAUGACAUUCCUCAGAUGACCCCAGGUAGCUACGGCUCCGGCCAGUCUGCCAACUUUGGGGACAACUGGCGCAAGGCCCGGCUUUGUAUGUAUGGCACCACUGCCCUGGUUUCUCUCAUCGACCCCAAGAACGAAGGCCUGUGGGUUGCUAAUCUCGGCGACUGUGUCGGUAUGCUCGUUACCCACACGGUUCCCGUGAGCGAAGACUCGGACGAAUCCGAUCGUGACGGCAGCCCUGAGAGACUCGCGGCUGUUGGCGAGGGAGAGUGGUCUGUUGAAGUCUUGACGACGAUGCACAAUGGCGACAAUGACCAAGAAAUCGAGAGAAUUUUGAAGGAGCACCCGGGCGAGGAGGACAGUUGCAUAGUGGACCGGCGUGUCCUGGGUGCGCUGGCUCCUACCAGGUGUCUGGGAGAUAUCCCAUUCAAGCAGCAUCCCGAUUUCACAAGGCGGAUUCUUCUCAACCUUUACCCCUUCGUACAGAACAAAGGGCCUUGGGAAGAAUUCUUGACCAGAAACAAAACUCCGCCCUAUAUCAGCGCGGAAGCCGAGGUCGUUUACAGAGACCUGGCUCACCGAGAUCAAGCAUCCGACGAGCUUACGCCGCCAGACGUCACCCGUGCCGGUAGACGGCGCUCCAGGCUAUCAGCUGCCCUAGGCUUGGAGAAGCUCGCCGCGAACAUCAAGCAGCGAAAGGACAAAAAGAACAAGGAGAAAGCCAGCAGGAAAGUUGUCACUCAACGAUAUCUCGUUCUUGCCUCGGAUGGCUUCACCGACAUAUGUUCGACCGAGGAGGGCGGCAUGGAGAAGGUGGUGAAGAGUUGGGCCCAGGAAGUGCUGCAGUUGGGCUGUCCGGCGAAGGAGUUCCAAGAAGUUCGUGAUAAGCUCCAGGAGAGGGAGGACGCAUUGAAGUCUGGAUCUGCCACUCCCCGUGGACCUCAGUCAACCGGCCUUACACCUUCCGUUGGCCUCGCCAUCGACACAUCUGUCGGGGGCUCCAGCAACACGAAAUCAACUGACAAGCGACCACUGUCUCCUGUCAGUCCCACGUCACCAGUCCCAUUCACGAGUGGGUCAUUCUCCUCGUCGAUGAAUUCAUUAUCGAUACCCUCCGUCCCCGAGGCCGCCUCGUCGGCUGCGUCUACCAUAUCCCAAUCUCCACACUCCGAUCCCAAACCAGCUGUCGUUCAACCUUCUGCUCCUAAAUCCAGACCUAAACUUGACAGGCGACCACCCCUUCCCCAUACAAACCGCUCUUAUCACUGCACUUCCAACACUAACAUGGCGUUGCGUUUGUUGAGGAGGGCGCUAGGAGGUGAGGAGAGGAAUAACGACAAAGUCGCUAAGGCUUUGACUGUUGAUAUGGACGUUUCGUGGCUGGAUGAUACCGCCAUCGUCGUCGUCGGCCUGUGA